AAUUUUGGUCACAUAUUUUCUUUUUCCAUUUCAUUUUCCAUUUCCAUUCAAGAAAACAUUUGUUAUAUAUAAACAUCACUUACUUAUUUUCUUUUCUCUUAAAAAAAGAAUCUUUUUACAAUCCCCUAAAUUUUUUGCCUUAUUUUCUUUGAUCUGUUUGUUGUUAUAAAAACCUUUGGUUUUUUUUCAAAAUUUAAGGAAAAAGAAAUCUGGGGUUUAUCUUUUCUUUUAAAAAUUUUCCGGGAAAAAGUAAAGGAAAGAAGAAAAUUUUCAGAUGGGUAGAGGGAAAAUUGAAAUAAAAAAGAUAGAAAAUUUGAAUAGCAGGCAAGUAACGUUUUCAAAGAGGCGAAAUGGGUUGUUGAAGAAAGCUAAAGAAUUGUCCAUUUUAUGUGAUGCAGAGGUUGGGGUUAUUAUUUUUUCAAGCACCGGCAAGGUCUAUCAAUGGUCCAGCACCAGUAUGGAACACACUCUUUCAAGAUACAACAAAGGAAUGGAAGAAGAUCAUUCUCAAGAACACCCUUCUGAUAAGCAAGAAGCUGAGCAGAAGUUGCAAGGAAUUGAGGUAAACACCAUGAAAGAGGAGUAUUUAAGGCUACACACAGCAUACAUGAGGCUUAAUGGCAAAGAACUAGAUGAUUUGAGUUUCAAAGAAUUAAAACAGCUGGAGAAUCAAUUAAACGAAGGGAUCGCAUCAGUUAAGCAGCAAAAGGAACAAAUUCUAAUGGAGCAGCUUAAAAGAUCUCGAUUACAGGAACAAAAGACUACAAUGGAGAAUGAAGAUCUACGCAAACAGGUUGAGGAAUUGAGACAAAAAAGGAGCUCAAAAAUACUAGAAUUGAAUCCAUUGCUGGAAAGAAGACUUGAUCAUUCACCAAAUAAUUCAAAGGCUGACUAUAAUAAUAGUGCAUCAGAUGAUGACAACCAUCUCUCAGACACUUCCUUGCACUUAGGGUUAACGUCAAAAGUCGGACGUAAAAGAAAAGCGACGGAGAUUGAACCCACGACCAAUGAUUCAGGAAGCCAAGUGGCUUCAGAGUGAUUUUUAUUUGUUAAUUUAUUUUGGUAAAUUUCAGCUGUUUUGCAAAAAUCAAAAUAUCCCUCGGUUUUCUUUUUAGGCAAUUAAAUUACAUAUCAAUGCU